UCAGUCUCCAUUCAAAGCAAAAACCAAGUUUGUUUCUUCCACUUUAUCCUUUACAAAUUCAACAAUUUCAGAAAACAAUUUCAACACAAGAGACCAAUUUCACCUCCCUUUUCUCUCUUCUCUGAUUCAAGCAAUCAGCCACCAACAUCUUAUUCACCAUUGAAUUUCAAGAUCAAAACAGUAGAGUUUAUUACCAUUUAAUUUUCACUUUGAAUAAACUGCAAAUCUCAGCCAUUGGAGCCACCCUCUUCACCCCUUUUUCCGGCAUAAUGCCGCCUGCAAACCACCCCUUUUGUCGCCUGUAACCACCGCACCACCACCUCCUUGUUUCCCGGCCGUCGCAAACAACCCACCACCACCACGCACCUCCCCUGUCUCCCUCGCCCUUGCGCCCAACUCCUUGCGCCCAACUCCCUGCCUCCCUCCUCACUCGACCCCCUUGCCUUCGCGCCCAGCCAGCACGGUGGUGCUGCUGCGCUGGCGACGCUCCACCCCUUUCCUCCUUCCUGGCGCCGCGCCACCCAGACACGCCCCCCCUUCUUCCUUCCUGCCGCCGCAUACACCACCAUCAGCGUCGCCCCCUUUCUGUCCCCUUCCGUCCAUCACGCCGCCGAUCGCGGACCACCCAGUCGCCGCCGUUCUUUCCUCCUCCCUCGUGCCCUGCUUUCCCCUGUUUCGUGCUUCCCCUGUUUCUCACCCUCCUCUCUCUCUUUUGGUCGACCUCCACAAACCAAAAACCAAAUACAGACUUUGUUUUAUUGCUUUAACCAAACCCAUGUUUUAAUUGGGCCACUCUAAUUUGGGCUUUUGAAAUCGGACUUGGAGCUCAGGAAGGACGAUCCAUCAGAUAGGGAGUAUAAAAACUACGGUUGAGGUACUGCUGGGGACCACGGAAACGAGUAGUGGCGAGGAUUUCACUAUUGCAAGUUCACAUAAGUUAAUGUUAAGUUGUAACAAGUUUAAGUAAAUUUUUUUGAUUAAGUUGUGUAUUUUUAAUGAAGAAUUAAAAAGGAUUAUUAUGUUAGUUUUGGAGUUUAAUAGCUUAUGAUUGAUGGUUGCCUGGUAAUUCCCAAGAGGGAGUUACGGCAGUAAUGUCCCGACCGAAUUAAGUUAUUUCCGCUGCUAAUUAUGCUUUAAUAAGUGAUUUAGAGGUCGGGGUGUUACACACACCCUCGGUCUUUGCAGGCCAUUAAGCCAAAAUCUCAUUAAUAUGAUCCGCUAGUAAUUAUGAACCGUCUUUUGUAAAAUGAUAAUCAACUCAACCAACCGAUUGGAUCUGAAACUCCAAUUGCUAAUUCCUAAGACUAAUAGUUCCCAUUAAAAAAAGAAUUCUAUAUAUAGAAACAGUAAAAGUUACUCUAUUAAAUUAAAAAUAAAUAAAAACAGAAAAUAUAAAUUGAUAUAGUUUUUGAAGGCACGUAGUAUUGUCAGUCGACCGCCCGUUCCUUCGUUUGAGUUGCGUUGACAUUUUACUUUAUUAUUAACUAUAUUUCAUUUUUAUGUUAAUAUUAACAUGUACUAUACAAUUCCAUGGAUCAAUAAUAAUAGUUUCAACUCAACAAAUUACGUCCCACAAAUUAAAUGAUCACAAAAUAAUAAUGGUUAAUAAAGCGUGUGUGAUGAUCAUCAUAGUUAACUUAAUCCUCCUAGGCGGAGGAGCGGUUUUCAUCGCGUGGUAUUCCGAUCACAUGGUGUUCCCUUCCUUCGCCGUCGAGCAAGGUGCGAUCAAAGGCUAUAACUUCACCGCCACGAAUCGCCUCAACGCCACCUUCAUCUUCAUCGUCCAUUCACGUAACAAUGAUCCUAAAUACGACAUAACGUAUAAUCAAGUCGUGGUUUCGGUGUACCUUUUGAAUGGAUAUAGCUUGACGUACGAGUCCGAGAGCCCGUACACCGAGCAACACGGUAAUGGUACGUUCUUCACCACUCAUUCGACGGCUCGCGAGGUGGUUGUCACUGAACCGAGUGCGGCGGAGGAGAUUAGGAAUCAGACGAUGGCCGGACAUUUGGAGUUGGAGGUUAGGGUCAGGGUUAAUGUGAGAUAUGAGGUUAAAAGAUGGAAACGUAAGCAUUAUCUUUUGAAGGCUAUUUGUUCUCCUGUUGUAUUCAAUUUUACCACUUGGAAGACUUUUAACAAGACAUUUUGUAAUGUAGAUAGUUUUGAAACUUAGACUUUUAUUUUUUAUUAAUUAUUAUUUUUUUGGUUUUUGUUAUACCGAUUCUUAUAAAAGACGAUUUCAUAGUUAGUAAAUUGUCAGAUUACAUGUCAUGUCAUUUACCUACACCUUCAAUCCAACUAACAAGCUACUUAGCAUGAUUUGACAGCUAAAUAAGUGUCAGG